GUCACUGAAUCUCAAGAGAGAAACAGAGAGAUUCGUGGCCCCAGCAUGCUUUCUGCUAUAUUUGUGUUUGUUUGUUUGUAUGGUAGCUGUCAGUUGCAGCCUGGCAGGUAGGGGAACCCAGUGGGAAGAGAGGCGGGACAGAAGAAUGCAGCUUAAAUUGACAGCAAAUUUAAAUUACUGAGUGUUUUUUUUUUCCAUGUGUAGUUUUAUUCCCUACUCUGCGACAAACUGCAAAGAUUCCAGCGUAUGAUAAUUUAAAAACCUUUGCUUCUUUCUUUCUUUUCUUCUCCCCCUUUUUUUUGGUCUUCCACUACUCUUGAGUCAAGGAUAAUUGAAAGAGAAACCUGUAAAAGCAACAUUCCUUGAAGUGAGUUGCGGCUGCUACGCUCUGGGUCCCCACUUGCAAGGCUGAGAGGAUCUCUGCCAGAGUCCCUGGAAAGCUGACGUUGCUGGCCAUAACAAACAAUACUGGGCUGUUUCAAGAGAGACUGCCACAGACUUGUCUGGAACAUUACCAAGUAACGGCACAGCUAACAAGAUGAAUGGAGCUUUGGAUCACUCAGACCAACCAGACCCAGAUGCCAUUAAGAUGUUUGUUGGACAGAUCCCCCGUUCGUGGUCGGAAAAAGAGCUAAAAGAACUUUUUGAGCCUUACGGAGCUGUCUACCAGAUCAAUGUUCUCCGAGAUCGGAGUCAGAACCCUCCCCAAAGCAAAGGUUGUUGUUUCGUAACAUUUUAUACAAGAAAAGCUGCACUCGAGGCACAGAAUGCACUGCACAAUAUUAAAACUUUACCUGGGAUGCAUCAUCCCAUUCAGAUGAAACCGGCAGAUAGUGAAAAGUCCAAUGCUGUGGAAGACAGAAAAUUGUUCAUAGGAAUGGUUUCGAAGAAAUGUAAUGAGAACGAUAUCAGGGUGAUGUUUUCUCCAUUUGGCCAGAUAGAAGAAUGCCGAAUCCUCCGGGGGCCAGACGGGUUGAGCAGAGUGCACAGCCUCAAUAUGGAAUCUAGCCGAGGCUGUGCGUUUGUCACGUUUUCGACAAGGGCAAUGGCACAGAAUGCAAUCAAAGCCAUGCACCAGUCUCAGACCAUGGAGGGCUGUUCUUCACCAAUAGUCGUGAAGUUUGCUGAUACCCAAAAGGACAAGGAGCAGAGACGUUUACAACAGCAGCUGGCACAACAGAUGCAACAGCUCAACACUGCCACCUGGGGGAAUCUUACAGGUCUUGGAGGACUUACGCCACAGUACCUGGCUAGAUUAGACAUUAAUAUGGAUUUACAGCAUCGACUCUGGGGACCUUCAUUCCAACACCAGGCAGAAGCAAGAGACUGUAUAAAUCUUCUGCAGCAGGCAACCUCCUCCAGUAACUUGGGUGCCUUCAGCGGCAUUCAACAAAUGGCUGGAAUGAAUGCUUUACAGCUACAGAAUUUGGCAACUCUUGCAGCUGCAGCCGCCGCCGCCCAGACCUCAGCUACCACCACCAAUGCAAACCCUCUGUCCACAACAACUGGUGCCCUUGGCGCACUCACGAGUCCAGUGGCUGCAUCAACAGCAAAUUCCACAGCUGGGGCGGCCAUGAAUUCCUUGACUUCUCUGGGGACUCUCCAAGGACUGGCUGGAGCCACUGUUGGACUGAAUAAUAUUAAUGCACUAGCAGGUACCGUAAACAUUGCUCAAAUGCUCUCAGGUAUGGCCGCCCUGAAUGGAGGACUCGGUGCCACAGGCUUGACGAAUGGUACAGCUGGCACAAUGGAUGCUCUCACCCAAGCCUACUCAGGAAUUCAGCAGUAUGCCGCUGCGGCACUGCCAACAUUGUACAGUCAAAGUUUGUUACAACAACAAAGUGCUGCAGGCAGCCAGAAAGAAGGUCCAGAAGGAGCAAACCUCUUCAUUUAUCACCUCCCACAGGAGUUUGGAGACCAGGACAUUCUGCAGAUGUUCAUGCCUUUUGGAAACGUUAUUUCUGCUAAAGUCUUCAUUGACAAACAGACCAAUCUGAGCAAGUGCUUUGGUUUUGUUAGCUAUGACAAUCCUGUCUCUGCACAAGCUGCUAUUCAGGCUAUGAAUGGCUUUCAGAUUGGCAUGAAACGCUUGAAAGUUCAGCUGAAGCGCUCCAAAAAUGACAGCAAACCUUACUGAUCAUUAGCCCAGAAGCUUACUGCUAUUAAUUUAGAUUUCUUAGGGUAAGUCCCUUGAACAACCUGCCCUCCCGCUGGGGGGAGGGGUUGAGAAAGAACAUACGAACACAUUGCCAACCACCGUCAAGAGACAGCUGUUUUUACAAUACUGCUUCCAUUUUCCCCACCUGCUGUAAGGGAAACUUGGCUAAUCUAAUAACAUAAAUACUGAAGUGUGUGCUUUAUUUGAAUUUGCAACUUGGAUUUUCUUUUCUAUUAUUUAUUAUCCUUAAAAGGAAAAAGGAAAACUCCUUUGCAAUCUUAAUAAUGAAAUUGGUCAAGGGGAAAAAAUGUGCAUUUUAACUCUCUCAGCCCUGGCGUCCUUAAUGCUUUUGAUGGGGAUAAUGAAAGCGAUUGUACAUCUGGACCUAGACUUAUCCAAAUGGCACCAGCUAACACAAUGGCCUUGGGCCAGGAGAAGAACUCGUUUAGAAACAACACCAAUUCUUUCCAUUACUUCAGUUUGUUUUUUUAUAAGGGGCUUGAUUUUUUUUUUUUUUUUUGUUCUUAGAGUUUAAAAUUAAUAUGAUGUUAUAUUAUCCUGUUAUUCACUGGUCGUCUUUAUAUAUUUCACCUCAGUCUUUUUUCCCCCUGUUUGUUUUUGAGUUCUUUGGGGAUUUUUUUAAAAAAAAGCAUUAAGCAUUAGUGUUAAAAAAAAAGACGUAGAGAUCUGUUUCUAAAGCUACAGGGUUUAAAAUAAAUAAAUAAAUAAAAAGAAUGACAAUACUUGAUGUUUCUUGAAAGAUAAAAUUUAUUAAUAAUAAUAAUAAUAGAUAACAAAAGAAAGCCACAGGCCUGUAAAUUUUAUUUGUAAAAAGCAUUUCUAUUUUUAUACAAAAAUUUUUACUGCCUCAGAAAUAAUGGAAGUUAUUUAUUGCCUAUUGUUAACUUAUUGGAUACCUAAAGAGCAGCUCUCUCUGCUAGCUAGAUCCUUUUGAAGUAGUCUCUGGAGUAUAUGUGCCAAGAAUGGGUGCUUUUUCACCGUUGAAUCCUACAUCUUUUACGGUUCAUGCUUUUUAUCCUCUUGUUUGUAUUUUGUCUGGUUAUCUUGUUCGUAGUUUCCAUUAUCUAGUUUAAAGUUUAGUUGUCUUGACUAUACUCUCUCUCUCUCUUUAUCCUCUCUCCCCAACCCACCCCUACACUGCACCCCCUUAUGUUACAUUUGUUGAAACUGAUUCUUUAUCUCCCCCUCCUUCCCGUUCCCCAAAUAAAUCAGGAAUCCAUCUUCUCUAACUUCUUUCAGAUGGAUUCUUUUGGGGAUCUCUCAUUGUGCCAUUGUUGACAAGUGUACAGUUAAUGCAAAUUGCGUGAAUGGCUGAAAUUCUAAUGAUGAAAGAUUUGCAUUAGUUUUCUCCUGCACCCAUUAAAAAUGAUUUUGUUUCUGCUGCAUAGACUCUCCGUAACUGUUUUUCCUCUUCCUUGUUUUUCCCUAGACAUCUUCAUGCCCGUUAGCUCAUCGUUUGCCUAGCAUGUCCCUGUGGCGUCUCAAAUUUUAAAAAAAAAAGUUUCAUCGUCCCGUCAUUGUUUCUGAUGUCUUUCUGACCUCACAUCAUAAUUUGGUUCUCCUACUGACCUUUGAUCUAUAGUUUGAACCUUUGAAAUUUGCAUGUGACCUCAUCUAGCUAUGAAUUCUGGGAAGUCAAUGUGAAAAGCAUUGCUGCAUUUAUGCAAGAUCAAAAUUUAUUACUAGUCAAAUUAUUGAUAGGAUUAUUUAAAAAAAAAAAACCACACAUACACAACCUGUGGCAAAAUUCUUUGUUAGGAUUUUUAGUUUUCCUCUUUUUUCCCUUUCUUUUUUCUUUUUGUGUUUAAACAAAAAAAACAGACUUGAAAGUAUUAUACAGAGAUUGGCAUUCUGGCUGGUCACUGACACUGAUGACAAUAGCAAUAUGUGUCCAGAGGCACAGAAUGUUGGUUUCUAACAGACUACUUCCAAAACAGUUUGAGAAGAAGAACUGUCUGAUUUUAAGUCUCUAGAGGUCUGUAAUAGUUUUUACAUUUUUCAGGCAGUGUAAAGUUUUUUGAUAAGGCCAUUUUAGGUGGCUCACUUUCUCAUUAAGAAUAUAUAUAUAGAACCACUUUUUGUAGAUUAGUAUAACAAAAAAUAUUUACCCUGUUUUAGGGCAAAUGCUACCUAUUUGUGUCACCUUUUGCUGAACUGACUCACAAGUUAGACAAUCCAUGAAUUAAUGCACAUGAAAAUUACCUAUAUUUUAUACUGUUUCAAUGUACAGGAGAAAGGUUACUGUAAGCUGUCGUUCCAUUGGUGCUUCUGUGAAUUAAGUUGUGAUUUCAUCAUGGGUCUUAUGGUCUUUAAGUGUUCCGUGUUUAUAAACAACAAGUUUGAAAUUGGUUUUUACUUGAACAACAUCAACAACAGAAAAAAAUGAAUUUCAAAAAACAAAAAAAAGUUGUUUGCUUAAAAUAAAUAAAAAAAAGUUUUCAUGUGAAAAAUAAAAACUAUUCCAGACUAAGUUUGUGUUGGCUUCUGUGACGCAUUGGUGUCAACUUUUUUUAAAAAUUAUUAUUGUGGACAAUUUAGGUGUGUUUGUGUUCAGCAAAAUGUGAUCAGUUUUUUUUUCUUUUAAAAGAAAUUUAAAAAAAAAGAAAUCAGUGAAAAAUCUUAGUGCCAAAUUCCAAAGGUACUUUUCUUCCUAGAGCUUCAGUGUGUUUCUUGUGUGAAGUAAUUUGAUAACAUGGGUAUUUUACUAUGUGUUUUGUAUAAAUCCCUAAUAUUUAAAGGAAAAAAGAGGUUAAAAAGUUUGUUAACUUGUUAUCCUGUGGUCUUGUUGCCUGAAAUUGUUGUUGUUUGUUAUUUCUCUUGGAUGUUUUUUUGUAAAACAUUGUAUAAGUGCCCAUGUUUCACUUUUCUAACCACUCUGCACAUCAAUGCUGUGAAAGCAAACCUCACAAUGUAAUUUCUUCAUAAUGUAUGGAAACCUCUAAGGUGAGAAAGUUUUGAACUUUUAACCCUUUCCACCCAGAACUGUCUUGAGUGUUAAUACUUUUAUACAUUCACCAUUUUGCUGUUUAUUUUUAUAUAUACAUAUAUAUAUAUAUAUCUAUAGCUAUAAAUAUAUAUAUACUUAAUUUUUGUGGUUUAUUUAAUACAUGGUUGAAAUCAGAAAAAUGCACAGGGCAGACUGAAGGACAAAAAAUAUUUUACUGCUGUCUAAAUUUCUUCUGUAACUAUAACAAAAAAAAUAUUUAAAAUAGUAAUUGUGGAUCUCCUUUUUAGGUCUUUGGGUUUUUUUUCAUCUUUUCUUAAAAAGAGCUUUUAAUAUGCUGCUGGAAUAUGCUAUUCAGUAUUAUUAAAAAUAAAAUAAAAAUAAUUCUUUAAUUAUGUAUUGUAUGAGCCACUCCUAGAAAGGAGAGGUAGACCCACCAUUUGAAAUCAUUAAGGAAAAAAAUAUUUUUGUAAUGGAAUAAAAUGAACUUUUGCUUAAAUCCAAUGCACUAGAACUUCCUGGAUGAAACUUCAUUGUGCACUGCAGUUAAACGACUUUUUAUGGAUGAGGUUUACACAUGUUGUAAUGCUUUGAUGCAUUAUCUGCCAUUAUCUGUAAUAUUGGUCCACAUGUAAUAGAUACAAAGUAGGUCUGGCAAUAUCUUUGCUUAACCUAAUUUCUGUUGAUUAGGGAACCUGCAAAUGUUUGAAUUGCCGCAAACCUUUCACAAGGCAGAAGGGAAAUAUGGCUAUCAUUCAACUAUUUUCUGAACAAACCUAGCAUUCCUCUUUGUGCAUGCACAGAUUCUAGAUUCCCAGCACACAGACAGACUCUGAGCAUACAUAGCUUAUGUGCAUAGUCCUGGGGAGGAGCAUGGCUGUUAGAUGUAGCUAUAGGGACUCCAACUGAGGGUAAUGACUGGGUGCAUUGAAUUGCACCCAGCAUAAGGUACACCAAAUUAAGAGACAGUGGGAGAAGCACGGAAAGGGUUCUGCUAUGCCCACUCAUAUGCACUGGUUGCCAAUGCAAAUAUUUCCCAGUCACAUCUAUUUUCCAGCCCAAAUACAACAGCUUAAAAAUGUGGCAUUUCAAGAAGUAUGCUGAUGCCUUAUCACAAAUACCAUAGCUACAAGCCAAGACAACCACACAAGUAAUGUCAGGUAUCCUGUCAGUUUCUUUUUAACAACAGACCCUUCCCAUUCUCCCUCACAUUGCACAGCAAGUCACUUUUGGAACUCAGGAGAGCAGGCAAUGGAAAGCAUGGGGCAGCUGAUCAAAAAGGAAGCAAGCCCAAAGUCCUGAUGAAAAAGUGUGAGCCCUUGCGCUUGCCUGAAAUGCUCUCUUGUUUUGUGGCUCAAGGCCAACAGAGUUGCAAUGGCAUUUCCUUGGCAUCUCAGAGAUGCUUCACGCUUUGUGCUGCCAUCAUGUUGGUCAUGCUGUUCUUAAAUGCACCAGGGAGCUUCUGUCACUCUGGGCUCCUCAGCACAUGUCCUCACAUAUUGAACUAAUGUGCAUAGGCCUAUUCACACUUUAGACAGAGACUGUGCUUACCACACCUACAUGGGCAUUCCCCCACAGCCAUGCAGAGUAUGAAGGGCAGAUGCACAUUGCUAAACAUGCAGUGGUGGAUAUGCGUCCAGGAGCAUCAGCCAAAUAGGACUCACUGCUGUGUGUCCCUAAGUGUUUAGAAAUGUUCUUCAUAUUUCACAUACUUGCUGUGAAGGAAACAGCUACUGCUGCAGCAACCACCACCACUAUGUGAAGUGGCUCUCUGGCAGAUAUUUGAGCACAGAUGUUUAAGAUAUGACUGUAUUUCUCAGAAAUGACUAAAAAUGUUACAUUUGUAAUCUGCUUUGCUCUCUGUUUACCUAACUAAUAGCCACAGCUUUCCAUUUCACUAGAUGAAGGGUUCUGCUUAACUCAGAAGCUUGCAUGCUCUAUCAACAGAAAGUGAGCCAAUUAAAAAGGUAUCACCUCCUCUAUUUUGUAUCUCUUAUUCUCUUUCGUGGCAAUACAUGGGCUCAGCCCUGCAAACGUUAACUGUGAAGAAACUUUCUUCACACAGCAAAAGGGUUUCUUUCUCUGAAUCCUGAGUGUUUGCAGGAUUGAGCCCAGGAAACCAGAAAACAGAUGCUGAUAACCCUUCACUGCCUUUUUUGUUUGUUUGUUUUAGUUGGAUUGGAUAGCAUCCCUACUCCUAAACCAAAUUUGAGUGUUCUGUACUGGCCAAUAAACCCCUUUCCAAGCCAAUACAUUUCAGCAGCCUUAUAUGCUACUGAUAAAAGUGCCAUAACAAUUUCCCAUUGUCCAUUCCUAUUUGAUUUCAUUGAAAAUUUCUCCCACCUUCCUUCUUUCCCAAGUCCCACUUGUAAAUUAUCUUUUUUUUUAAACCCCUCACAGAUGACUAUCACCCCCUUUGCUUUAAAUACAUGUUUUAUAGAGAAGCCUUGGGGUGGAAAGGACUAGAAUCCAACUGAUGCAAAAAAUAAAUAAAUUAAAAAAUAAGGUUUCUUAUAGCACAUGCACUUAUAAAUGCUCUGUGUGAUUCUCAUAUGUUUUUACUACUGCUGGGGCCUCCCUGAGCCCUCUGAGGGCUAUUUUGUACUUCUUGCAGUAAUUUUUGCCUAUUAAAUUAUCAAAUGCACACCAAUAUGUAAUAAGGGGAUUGUCAUUAGAUCUUGUUGGGACAUAUUGUUGUUCAGCAUUUAAAUUCUCAAAGUAAUAGUGUGUUUAAAAAUAAAUAAAUCCAUAGAUCCCUUCCAUGUAGGGGGAAAAAAUCAGAGCAUUCAACCCAAACAUCCAGCUGCUCAGCCUUCAUUCAUUUCAAUGGGGCUUGCACCAAAGCCCCAUUCAAGCCUUGUUAAAUUAGCAGCAGUGUCAGAAGGGUCACACCCAAUGUGAGCAAAUCAGUUACAGAGUCUUUGCUGUGUCCCCAGCUGGUGCUGAACUGCUUAGACUCUGGAACUCUUAUCAGUUUUGGCCUCUCAAAUCUGUAAGGCCUGUUUUUCUCAUUAAUAUUUAUUCUCCAUUUUGCAGUGCAAAGAAAUCAUAACUUAAAAAAGCAAAACUGCAAGGUUAGCCCAUAUCCUUAGAGAUAAAGGCUGGGAUCAAAAGAAGGGGCAAGCAUGUGCAGGGCAGAAACCUGUAUGCAACUGCUAAUUGUUUGCACAGUUCCCACCACCAAAGAGGCAAGCUGCUGUUCCAUUCAAAAGCCAUCUUUUCUCUUUGGCAGUAGGAACUGCUGUUUGGAAAAUCAGCUUGCAAAGCCUUCAACAACUUCAGCAUGUGAAGCUCAUGCACAGCACCCUCUGGCUUACAUGUGUGUUCCCUUUUUGAUCCCAGAUGGAUGAUCUGCCACUCAUUUCUACAUUGUCAAAUUGUAGAAAUUUCAAACUGGGGUAAAGCUGCAAGAGGGCAAAGGGCUUAAUAACAGAGGAAGAAGAAAAAUUUAAAUUAAGGGGAAUUGCUUUAUAAAAACAAAUUAACUUCAAAAGCACAAAAAAGUGGUUUUCCAACCAAAUUGGCUAAUUUCAGUGAAAUUGCCAUAUUCAAAGGAGUACAAGUUCAUCUUUCUUUCACCAUAGGGGUUAUUAUUCCUUGACUUGUGCUACUCUCUGGAUUCAUUUUACUGUUUCUGUUUUUAUCUGAAGUGCUAAUUAACAAAAGAGUUUUUUAAAUACCUGUAGUUUCAUUAUCUUUCUGAAUAAUGUCAUAAUAAAAUAACAAUAAUAAUAACCCUGUGUACCUGGGGUGGGGGGGAGUUGUGCUGUGAGACAUUGUUGUUUGUAGAUUAAUAAGUCUUCUUUAGUUGAGAACUUCAAAAAUCUGGGGCAUGAGCCACACACCAUGGGCCCAGUGCCCAUGGACGGGGGAUUCCCAUAGGCUCAAUAAAGUUCUAUUCAUGCUGCCAGCCCCACCACCACACCAUUGUGUACAGAUAACUAUCAAGGUGAGAGAAAGUUGGAUAGUGAAGGGGGGGAGUGUUCUACACAGGUCUCUCAUUCCACCUUUUGUCCCAUGCUGCUGCCUUUGUGCAUGUGGAUAGAGGAAGCAGGAGGGGGCAAACAGACCUGUGUAGAGCACCUCCGUGCAUCCACACUGAGCCCAUGGUGCAACUGGAUUGUGCCCACAUUUGGAGUUCAUUUUGUUUUUGUUUUUUAAGCUUUGUCAGAGAAAAGCCAAAGUUACUGCAAUGUAGUGGGAACUGUAAAGACCAUUUGAAUAUUGUUUGUUUUGUUGAUGCAUUUGGAUUUUGCUGUUUGAUGGAAUUUGAGCCAAAAAAAAAAAAAGGAGAAGAAAAAAAGAACCACAGGCUUUCCUAUUUCUAAAACUUGAUUGUACUUAUGCAUUUUGUACCAGUGGAACUUUUUAUACUGGAGAUUUUAAAAAAAUGGAAAUUUUUGUGGCUUACUUUGUGGGCCCCCAGACCAUGGCUAAUUUUCAAGUUUGAUUUCCAGUUUGUAGAAAGAAAGUUGGUUUUGUUUAGAGAAUUAAAAAAACAACAACUUUGGCUUGGUUUAAUUCUUUCCCUUUGCUUAUAUUUAGUGUUUAGAAUUUUGUCUUUAAAACAAGCGGUAAGUUUCACUUUUUAUUCUGUAUUGUGCAGUUACACAAUAUAAAGAUAAUUAGAGUUUAGGAGUACACAGUCACUUUACGUGGAUAAAUGUAUUAGUUAAAAAAAAGUAGGGGUUUGCUUUUUUGCUGUUUAGAUCAAAAGUUUUUUCUGAUUCUUCUGUCUUCAUUGUGAACAUAACCGUGUAGUUGAAACAGUCAAACUUAUUUUUGUAACGUAUGUUAUUGUGUGAUGCAGUUUUUUGCUUCUGUCUCCAAUAUUAAACCAUUUUCCUAAUACUUGUCUCUCUUUCUCUCUGUGUUGUAAUGUUGGUGGUCAUUCCGUGUUGGUAAUACAUCUGCACACCUCACUGUUUCACGUCCCUGUUGAUUUUUUUUUUCUAUUUGUUGUGUACAAGAGAUACAGUCGAUUCCACCUAAGUGAACAUCUGAUUGGAGAGAGAAUGCAGAUUUGUAGACACCCUUUCUCUAUUUUACAUCCUUGCCUACCCCACCCCCCACCAGUUGCCUUUGAUCAUUUUGAUUAUCGAAGCAAGAUGUAAUGUUAAUUGCUUGCGUACAAAAUUACAUUGAAGGUGGCUUUUUAAAAAAAUAAAAAAUGUCAUGUAUACACACACAGUCACAAAAUCAAAAAUCACAAGCAAUGUUUUUCUCCAAUAAUGUCUGAAAGGUGUUGUACUCCUACUUUGCAAGAGCAGAUAGGUUUAUCACCAAAAACGUAAUCUGAUGGGAGAGGAGAAAGGAAAAUGGGCUUUCUUCCAGAACUACUCAGAACUCCAAUAUUAUCUGGAUUUAGUCCAUCCUUUCUCAAAAGUAAGAAUGUUUUAACUCCAUGUAGGAGAGCCUGAUAGAAAAACAACUACUGAACAAGCUUGUUGCAGACAUAUCCAGAACUAUAUGAGCUCAGGGAGAGCUUGACAUUAGUAAUACAAGUAGAAGUUUUUAUUUUUUCUUUCUAAGUAAGCAGCAACUCUGUAGAUGCUGAACUGGGCUAUUUUGAUCUUUUAAUACAAGCUAGACAUCUUUCAGCAAAAGAUAAUAAAACAAUGCAAAUCUCUAAGGAGAAGUGUGGCGACUUCCAUAUUUAUUGCCCUCUUGGGUACAGCUGACUGGUUUUCUCAGCUCACAAAUCAGUUUUUUUUAAUCAGAGAAAGCACACUGCUACAAAAAGCAAGUGCCUUGCAUACAACGCAGGGACCCGCUGACUCAAGAGGGGUGUCUGUGUGGGUUCCAUCUGCUAGGAGAGCCUCCAGGGCUCCCAAGGAUAGUGUCAGCAUUUGGGAACACUGCUACCAGGCGCUGACGCUAUUCUUAGGAGCCAUGGAGGCUCUCCAGCAGUGUGCACAUGCUUUUCAGGUGACCAGAACCAGCAUGGGCACACCACUCUUUAGUCAAUUGGCCCCUGGGCUUUAUGUAAGCCAUUAUGAACAAAUAUGCCACAAUGUUGCAAUUUUGACUCGGCCCUGUGCUCUUGCAAAAUUUCUAUCUUAAUUCCAUCAACACCACUGAUGACCUUGGUGGGGGUUUUGCUUUUUAAUAUGUUUUGUUACCUUGCUUUGUUUUGAUUUGUUUGAUCAAAGAUUUACAUUUGUCAGGUGGGGGCUCCACAGUUAGAGGAAGUUCUACCCCUUGCUCUCUGGGACUCAAGCCAUACAUGCAUCCAUUUGUUCUGCUCUCUCAGGAAAUGAAGGCCACUUAAAAGUGCUCUUAUGAGAUGGAGUCCACAGACUUUUCUUGUGACUUUUAUUUUCUGGUCAUUGCCUUGGUUCUGAUUUGUGUGGGCCAAUUACACACACAGUCUAACGUGGCAACCUCUUCAGAAUGAAAUUAUUGUCCACUGGAUAUUCUCCUCUCAUGGUUCUGGCAAAUCUUUUCUGGGGGUCCAUGUGGGACCUGGUUUUGCUUUUCCCUCUGUUUGAUAGAGCUUGUUUCCAUGCUUCUGUGUCUGCAGAUUUCAAAAGUGGCAUAAAUUGUUGGGGGAAUGCGCUGAGCCGCGGAUCUCCAUUAGGCCUGUUCGUGCUGCCUUUUAUGUGGCUUCACUGGUGCCUGCUUCCCACAAUCCCACACCCUGGUUCUGCUUUCCAAUUACCUCAUCAGUACAGCUGCAUCAUAGGAUCAGAUCGCCAUGAUGCAACCAUGUGCCUGCGAUGACAUAAGAAAGUAGACACUCUUACAACAGAAAAAGGGAAUGCUGGGAACAAAUUCAUUUUCCCAGGCGGAUUACAUGAGCCUUAAUUGUGAUAAAUGCUGACAAUCAUUUUAUUCCAAUGUAAAAGAUGCAAGCAUUGUUUUUAUUUUAAGGAAUGCAGAGCCUACUUUUACACAUUUUUAAAUCAAUGAGUUGCGUGACCAAAACUAAAUGAGGGCUAAUUGGAAUCAAUGUAGUUCAGUUAAAAGAGUGGCAGACUUAAGCGUGGGAAGUUGGGGUCCAUUCUCUCUCCGCUAAAAUUCUACAUUUGUAAAAUGUGAAUCAUGAUCACUUCUGUGGGUCAGUUACAGACAAUGAGUGUUGUACUCAACACAAACUGAUGCGUUGAAGUAGCCAAAGUAGUGAGCCAUGGUGCUUGACUGAGAUCAGCUACUUGUGUUACAAAGAUGUGGAGUGGGGAGCAGAUGCUCGCAUGUGUCAAGCUUCUGCUGAACUCCUAAAGACAGAGGGCAGAAGGACACCUAUUCUCAGCAAAUGCCUAUGUGGGGCUGCCACGAUAACAAGGGAGAAUCAGCAGAAUGUGCUUAAGCCUUCCUCCACUACCAACUCUUCUCCCCUGCAAAUUACCUCUCCCAAGGCAAUUCUUCCCCCACAUCCCUGCCCAGGCUGACUUCUACUGUUUGAACCCAGCUUGGAAAAUGGCCUGGCAGGGAUUUACAGAGAUAAUCUGAAACAUUAAGCACCCCCUCCCACCCAGGGAUUCUGCCCUGCAAAUGCCUCCCACCAUUGCUUUCACCUUAUGCAGAAAAUAUUAGGGAUGUGCACAAAUCGAUUUUUUAAAUUCGAUUUGUUCCAAAAACAAAUCAUCUCUGAUUGGUUUUGUGUCCAGAUCUACCCCCGCCCAUCACCCCAGAUUUGAUUUGUAUUUGGUUCAAUUUGAUUCAGAUUUGGACUGAUUCGGACCACUUAACGAGGUCCUAGGGGCACCGAAUUUGGGUAGGUCACCAUGGGUGCCACCUACCACUCAGAUUUCAAGGCAGUGAGACACUUGGUUGAUUUUGAAUGAUUUUUUAAGUUUUUACUGAACAUUUCCACCAUAGGAAACAAUGGGGAUUCGAAAUUGCUAUAUCCUAACCCUCACACAUGGAUCCCCAGCUUUCUUUUUUCUUUUUUUAAAGCUAAGGUCUAGCCCUUGUAGAAGUGGAGUUAUGGAGCAAAAUGUGCAGGAUUUUGAGAAUUCCUGUGAGGAUUCAUUAUACACCUUCAUUUCUUCUGUUCAUUUUGACUGUCACUGGACAGUGCCAACGCUCAACUGCCAUGUGCCAACUACACCGCACCCUCCACCCCCACCUGCAAGGCAGUGGGGUACUCAUUUUUAUUUUUAGAAAUAUUGAAAUGUUUAGAAUCUUUGGUGUCUAAUAACUUUUCCUCAUAAUGAAUCCCUAUGAUGAUUCAUUAUACGCAUUCGUUUCUUCUGUUCAUUUUGACUAUCAUUGGACAUGGUCAACUGCCAUGUGUCACCACCACCACACACACACACUGGGGUACUCAGUUUAUUUUUUAGGUAUUUUUGAAGUGUUUAGAUUCUUUGGUGUCUUCAUUACACACCUUCAUUUCUUCUGUACAUUUUGACCCCUCUGCUUUGCAGGUGGGGGUGGAGAAUUAGUGGAAUCCCAUGUUCCAACUACCCCCCAACCCACAAGCCACUGGGUACUCAGGAAUUUUUGAGGUGUUUAGAAUCUUUGGUGAAUCUUCAUAGGGAUUCAUUACGAGGAAAGGUUAUUAGACAGCAAAGAGCCUAAAUACUUGGGGGGGGGGGAAUCCUAGAUCAUAAACUGAGUAGUACCCCACUGCCUUGCAGGUGGGAGUGGGUGUGGCAGUUGACAGUUGGCAUUGUCAAAAAGACAGUCAAAAUGAAUAGAAGAAAUGAAGGUAUGUAAUGAAUCUGCAUAGGGAAAGGCAAGUUAUUAUACACCAAAGAAUCCAAAUACUUGAAAAAUAGUGACCAUACAUUUUGCUCCAUAACUCCACUUCUACAAAGGCUAGAGCUUAGCUUUUUAAAAAAAUGAAAGCUGGGAAUCUGGAGAAAUUGGUAGGAGGGAUCCGUGAAUUGAUUUGAUUCAAAUCAAUUCGAAUUGAAUCAGGCGCGAUUCAAUUUGGACCCAGAUCUAGCCAAUGCACCACAGGGGUGAUUUGUUUUGUCUCCAAAUCACCUGAAUCAGCUAGAUUCAGGUACAAAUCGAUUUGUACCCAAAUCAAUUUGCAUAUCCCUAGAAAAUAUGGAAUUGAAAAGGCCACUGAUUUUUUUCUUCAUAUGUUCUCCCAUACCCCCCCCACAUUAGUCUUAACCGGAAAACAUACCAUUGGGAAACUCACUUUUUUCCUUCUACAACAUGAAGUUCUGCCCAGUCAUGUACUGUAGCUCCAGGGGUCUUUUUCUGAGGCCCAUGGAUCUCACCAGUAUUGAGAUUCAUGCUCACUUUCCAUAUAACCAUAGGGGUAACUUACCUCUAUGUCUGUUUAUUGUGCCACCAUAUUAACAAGUACAGUAGCCCCCAAACAGCUUGAAAUGCCUUUGUUAAUGCAGACGAGCAGCUUCAGCAUAAAAACCAAAAAUAUUGUGAUUGUUAUAAUGUUCCAUAUUCCACUAGGCAUUCACAUCAACCUAGUAGGGGCAUAUUUAACUACACCUUCAAAAUUCAGGUGUUAGUAUCCCAAAAUUGCUCAUCUACAUGAACAAGGAAGUCCAUAAUGUAGUGUUCUUCAGAACAUCCUACAUCAUCAUCAUCAUCAUCAUUAUUAUUAAUUUGAUUUCUAUACCACCCUUCCAAAAAUGGCUCAGGGUGGUUUACACAGAGAAAUAAUAAAUAAGAUGGAUCCCUGUCCCCAAAGGGCUCACAAUCUAAAAAGAAACAUAAGAUAGACACCAGCAACAGUCACUGGAGGUACUGUGCUGGGGGUGGAUAGGGCCAGUUACUCUCCCUCUGCUAAAUAAAGAGAAUCACCAUGUUAAAAGGUGCCUCUUUGCCAAGUUAGCAGGGGUACAUAAGAACAUCAUAAGAACAUCUAGAACAUAACUCUAAAUUGAAGUCCAUUUUAGAGCAAAUGGUUGUAGAAGGCAGAUGGACCAAUUAGUUGAGGGAAUAUAAACAUGCAAGAGGUUGUCCUAUGUUUAAUGGCAAGAGAUCAUCUGUUCAAUGUAAUGGUAAAAGAUGCAACACCUUGUAUAAGGAUAGUCCUUCACUGGUUUCCUUCUAGUUUCUAUGAGAUAUCUGUGCUUUAACCAAUUAUUUCGAUGUCGUUAUAGUUCAUAUAGGGUGCAGUCUUUAUCCAGCUGAUGUCAUUAGCAAACCCCAUAUAAUAUAAUGACAUAGGACUGCACCACUAGUAUCUGUCUUAUCAAAGGAGCUUCAUUUUGAAGUCCAAAAGAUUUUUUUAAUAUCUUGUUGAAGUGAACUUAACUUUUUUUUUAACCCCAGUUUGCUGGUCCUUAGGUCUCCAGCUAUGGAAAAAACCAAAACAAAACAGUGUACUGUGUUUCAUUCCUGAUAAGUGAAUAAAGCAGCAUUGUGGACAAGCAAUCAGGUUAUUCACUUAUCAGGAAUCGACUGUACUGCUGGCUUGGCUGUUUUUGUUCUUCAUUCUCUGUUGUAAUUUCACAACUGCUGUGUCCUGUUUGUUUCUUUUUAAUUUCUUCUCUCUCUCUCUCUCUCUCUCUCUCUCUCUCUCUCUCUCUCUCUCUCUCUCUCUCUCUCAUAUGCUCUAGCACAAUCACUGGGAAGUCUCCCUUCUUUUGACCAUGAAACAUGCUCUCAAAGUGGGGAACAAAAAUCUUAACAAAUACUAUGCACUUGCUAUCAGGAACACAAUAUUGGAUGUGUCUUAUAUCUAUUUAGUGCGUGAUUUCUUGAAUAAAGUUACUGAAAGGAUUCUAUUUGUCUGUAAAAAAAAAUAUGAAGGAUGAAAAGCAAAGAGUUUCUAGGGUCUAGGUUUUAUUUUUGUUAAACUUAAAAGGGGAUGAAAAGUCUUAAAUUCCUCCAUGCCAAAUGAUUUUUUUUUGUAUGGUAUAUUUAAUCUAUUCAUGGAACUUAGAAAAAAAUAUGGACUUAUGGGGAAGAGGGGAAGUGGGAAUUCCUUGAGCACAGAGCAAAAAUUUCCUGAAAGCCAAGAUUGUAAUCAAAACAUGUUCCUUUUACAAUGUAAAGGCUAUAUUAAGGAGAAAGACUAUUUUUCUUACUAGAUAUGAAGCCAUUUUUUGGACACCAGAGAAUAGUUUAAAGUGUCUGAUGUUUGCCAUAAACCAUAAUAAACUUAUUAUGUGUCUGAA